AUGGAUGGUAGUCCUCUCACAAGGUUUCAGUUCUGUUCGUUAUUAAAUAAGACUCUUGAAGUAGCCGGCCUUCCAAACUCAAGAUACAAAUCUCACUCUUUCCGUAUUGGGGCAGCGUCAGAUAGUUUCUCUUACGGUCAUUCGGAAACAGAAAUAAAAAAGCAAGGAAGUGAAAAGGUUAUCUGGAUUGUUGGUUCUUCAAUUAUUAAGUGGGCGUUCUACUAUGCAAGAAAAUCCUUAGAUGGUGUGGAUUUAGGUUUAAGACGAAGAAACUACAGAAUUUUUUGGCAGGGAAAGGGAGGUAUGAAAUGGUUUGACCUUAUUAAAAAAAUAAAGCUUUUGUUAAGGUAUGAAUCUCCACCAGAGAUUUUAAUUAUUCAUUGUGGAGGUAAUGAUAUAGGUAAAAUUCCAUUAUUGCAACUACGGUCCAUUAUGUGUUCAACACUCGAGGAACUUAAACAACUACUCCCUAAAACUACACUUGGUUGGUCAAAUAUGUUGCCAAGAGAUUCAUGGCGUUUUAGUUCAAACUCGAAAGCGCAAAAUCUUGCUACUGUCAGACUCAAUAAUUUUAUGAAUCAUUUAGUCACUGUCAAUGGUGGGUUCUUUAUCAAAUACCCAGAGAUUACUUGGGAUUCGAAAGAAAUGUUUAGUAGUGACGGAGUUCAUCUGUCAUACUUCGGUAAUUGUUUCUUGCUAUUCAACUUACAAAGGACUCUACAAGAAUGUGUUUUACUAUAA